CUUUUGGUUUUGACCAUUAAAACUAGAGUUUAGAGUUAAUAAAAAUGGUUUAGUAAAAUUAGCCACCUAUUAGUUAAACAUUGCGAGGUUUAAACUAAUAAAUUCAAUUGCUGUUGUACGGAUACAAUAAACUAAAAAAGUUACCCGUUUGAGUGGGGGUAAAUUAUGGUGUAGUAAUCAACACUAAUAUGGGUAACUUUACAAAGCAAAUACGUACCAGGUGGUUCUUCUCUGUGAGAUCGCAAGUAUUUAUUUUUUAUUUUGAACCACCACAAAAAGUAUUAUAGUACAUGGUGGUUUUGUAACUUAACCUGGUUAAUUGUUAGAGCAUUUUAAUUUCUAAUUUUCAAAUAGGGUUUUAAAUAAUAAUAGCAAUAAUAAUAAUAAUAUAAACAAAGAAUAAUACAUCGGUAGUUCAAAACUUCAAAAAAAAAUAUGUAAAAUCAUAUGAGAAUCUCAAAUUUUGAAAUGUUCUUAUAUUAUUUAUUAUUCUGUAUUUAUAAAUUAUUAGAUAACUUUUGUUGUUUAUUGUUUUUGAGAGUCCUAUUGAGAUAAGAUGUUAGUAUAGAAAAAGAAAUAAAUUAUCUUUAUUUUUACCGGAUGGAAAUUUAACCUGGAAGAGUCGAAGAGAUAGGUACCAUAAGUUCAAAAAGAACAAGACAUGGUACAACAGUUUGGAACUGGCAGGCUAUACAUUGCACCUACAAUCGAGUAAGAGUAAAAACAAUAGUAACAUUUAGUCACAUCAACAAUUUCUCUUUAAAUUUGGAAAAAAAUACAGGAGAUUCUCGUUUUUCAACUAGAUGAAGACUUGAAUAAAUUAUCUAAUUGUAUGGAACUGUAUAAUCUCACUUGGAAAAUAUAUUAUAUAAUUUGAAUGAAUCAAAAACAGUUUUAAAACUGAAAAUAUAAAUGUUAAGAUAAUUAUAAGUCACCGUCUCUACAAUAUGUCAAAGUAGAUGACAGGUUUACUAACGUUACCUUGCAGUUGCAGUGGAUAUCUCUAAUGGAAAUUUUUUGUCAUUCUUCUUACCGAGUAAUAGAAAUCAUUAGUGCGUAAUUGUAGAUAAGAAACCAGUUAAAUCACUAAUAUCGGUUCAUUUUAGAAUCAUUUGAUCAGAAUUGUUAUUGCGGCAAAAGCAUUUAAUUGGCUAACGUCACAGUCGAUCAUUGUAAGUACGUGAGCUAGGUUAUAUAUAGACGUUGACUACAAACGAUCUAUGUAUUAUUAUUUUAGUAAUCUACGAGCUCCAUACAUUAUGAUGGAUCAAGGCUAGAGAAACCGACUAAAUUCAUGUAACAUAAAAAUUAAAUUCAAUUAAAAGAAAGUUCUGAAAGAAGAGAUUGAACAAAUUGGUUAGUACUCAACUUGCUGCAAGAGAUUUACUAUAAUAAAACUAUUUUUUUAUUUUUGAUAAACAAUAAAACUAUAUUUUCUAAAGAUUAAACCUUCUUUAUGAGAAAGUUUGAGCUCAAUUAUUUGUACUAAUAAAUGGAAAUAAACAAACAUUUGACUAGCGCAUGCAUUUUAUAAUUUUUGUAAAGUUGAGAAAGUUAAAAAUUUACACAAGCGGAGCCAUUUAACGGCGUUAGAUGCCGUCACUGGCGGCCAACGGUUUGUAACACAUCAACGUCCGCAAAACGACAUAACGGCGUCAUCGGCCAAUAACUCCCCCGACAUUUGUAAGGAUUUGGCAGAAACCGUUUCCAUAACACAACGUCAUACUACCCUCUCUGUUUCUUCUUCUCUCUUUAUAGAGAGAGACAUACAAAGGUUUUGCUCCAAGAAAGAAACUUGCGGUACACACACAUAUUUACAAUCAUCGUCAGCUUCUUCUCCUUCCUCUCCGAGAACAAAAAAACAAUCUUUUUGAUUCUUUAUCGAAUCUUCUGUUUCGUUCAUCAUCAAGAAAUGGGCAAGAGAGAUGAGAAAGCCGAAGCUGUUCUUCGUUUACUCAGGAAACAAACUCCACUCACUCUUAAACAAGAGAAGUUCUGUAACAGAGACUGCGUGGAGAGGUUCUUGAAAGGAAAAGGAGAUAACGUCAAAAAAGCUGCGAAGCAGCUAACUUCAUGCCUUUCGUGGAGACAAAACUUUGAUAUUGAGCGAAUAGGGGCAGAGGAGUUCUCGGCGGAGCUAGCCGACGGCGUAGCUUACAUCGCCGGCCACGACGGAGAAUCCAGACCCGUUAUCAUGUUCCGUUUCAAGCAUGAUUAUCAGAAGCUGCGUAGCCAGAAACAAUUUACGCGUUUAGUGGCGUUCACGAUGGAGACUGCGAUCUCGAGCAUGUCGAGAAACGCGGAACAGAGCGUUGUUCUACUCUUUGAUGCAAGCUUUUUCAGAUCAUCCUCUGCUUUUGCAAAUCUGCUUUUGGCAACCCUAAAAAUUAUCGCAGAUAAUUACCCAUGCCGACUUCACAAGGCCUUUAUCAUCGACCCUCCCUCCUUUUUCUCUUACAUUUGGAAGGGUGUACGUCCUUUCGUGGAGCUAUCUACUGUCACUAUGUUAAUCUCGUCUCUAGACUACGACGAGCAGCUAGAUUUUAGCCACGUGUCAUCAUCAUCAUGUCUUAGAUCAGCUUCCCUACGUUUCGAUCCAUCGUCGAUUAAAUCAACGGCUAAGAUUGGUUCAGCUUCUUCAAGAUUCGCCUUCACCGUAUCUCACAACUCAAUGAAGCCGUGGUACCUUUCCUUAACCGACACAUCACCGUUUCACGCCGCCGUCGACUCCACCGCUUCCAAAGUAUCUCCUCUCAGCGUGCGUUCUCUAUCUUUCGCGUCUCCGGCGGGGCGUGGUUUAAGAGACCCGAAACCAGCCGCAUGCAGAAAGAGUUUGUUUCCCUCGACGCCGUUGCCGGAGAAGACGAAAACGGUUCCGCACCGGAAAACUCCACGUCCGUCUUUUUUUCAGUCACCGGCGAUGUUCUUUCGCGGGGAGAAAAAUGUCGGCGGAGGCGAGAAGUCAUCACGUGAAGCGUUCGUACCGUAUCUGAAGUUUUAUCGGAGACCGUACGAUGAGACGGCCUAUAGGUCUAAACUGCGGGGUCCACGUGGAUUUGUGUCAGUCGUGUCUUCGCACAGAAGAUGUCGCCACGUAUCUUUAUCUCAACGGUUCUAGUUAUGACGUUCAAAGACCAGAUUGGAGAGCAAAGUGUAUAUACUAGUUUUACAUUUAUCUGUUCCGACCACUCUCUCGUAGAGUAGCAGUCAUAUUACACUGGAGUAUUAUUAUUCAACGAGCUUGUUUUUCUAUUUAUUUUAGAAUCUCAAAAUGAUGGUUAACAUCCUCUCUUUUCUAAUAAAAUGCAUGCAAUCGUUUUUGUUUUUCA